AAAUUUUAACUCAUUCAAUCAAAGUUUGAUUUUGUGAAGAACGAAAAUGGGGGGGAGGCAGCUGUUUUGGUCCUCCUUCUGUAUAAUGUUAUUCAGUUCGAAUUUCGUGAUAGCCUGCGAUGAAAAAGGGCUAUGUUUGUUGGAGGCUCUCAAAGAAAUGAAAGAUUGUAAAAAGACAGCAUUGGCUUCGUUACUCAAGCCGCUGCUCUCUAAGCUUGAAAAGAAAGAGAAACUUGUAUGCAGCAAAUGCGGCGCUAAAGAGCCUCCAGCAACGAUUGUUUUGAUGCCAGCUUGUCCACCGCCACCAUGUCUACCCCCUCCACCAGCGCUACCUCCAAUAAUAUUGGCUCCUCCUCCGGCGCCCUGUUUUCCUCCAGCGCCCUUAUGUCUUCCUGCACCACCCCCAGCCCCAUUAAUGCUCCCCGCACCAGCGCCAAUAUGUAUUCCUGCACCAGCUCCGAGCCCUUACUUCCUACCUGCUCCAGCACCUGCACCUCUAUGUCUACCUCCCCCAGCACCUGCACCUCUAUGUCUACCUUUCCCACCUCCAGCACCUCUAUUUUUGCCUGCACCUCCACCAGCGCCUAUUGUGUUGCCAGCUCCUGCCCCUGUACCAUUUAUGCUACCACCCACGUCAGCUCCUCUUUGUUGUCCUCCACCACCUGCGCCUGCACCAAUUGUUAUAUCAUUGGUGCCCCCCGCACCACCACCUCCUCCACCGUGCGCCUUACCGCCACCCGGACUGCCUAUGACUGCGUAUAUGGUUCCAUCUCCUAUUCCAAUAACAUUGGAGCCAAAACCUCUAGAACAUCCGCCUCCGUGUGGUUGCCAUUAUUAUUAAAUUAGUACUUUUAAUGAUUUUUUACUUUUAAGCAAAAUAUUUAUUCAUUAUUUUAGGUGCGUUUCCAUUGAAAUAGUUGGCAAUUUCUAUGUCUGCAACUUGCAAUACAUUAAGAAGUUGCCAACAAUAACAAAGGAACAUUUUUGUUGA